AUGCCACUACCCACAUUAUUUGAUGCUGAAAACAAAGAAUUAUACAUGCGGGUUUUAAAUUUAUUGUACCCUUUAACUAUCGAAAAUGUUCAAAGCGAGAAAUGUGGGGUACAACUUAAAAUGGUUUUUCCCACAACGUCGGAUUCGGGUAUCCAAAUUAAAUUUAAGACCGAUAUGAUGUAUUUACCACCGGGUGCUUAUACGUUAGAGAAACUUCUUGAUACUUUAAAUACGUUUGUUGCCGAAUAUGAUGUAAAAUUUACAGUUUUAAAUAACGCGCGAAUCGGUGUAACGUAUAAUAUCGAGCGUGAAUAUUGGCAUUCUGACGUUCACAUACAAAGAGUUACAACAAAACCACCCCAUCAAAUAUUUGAAGUUUUUUCCCAAAAUACCGCGGAGGGUGAUGAAUUUGAAAUGGUAUUUACCGAAUCUUUGGAAUAUAUGCUUGGUUUGCGGGAAAUAAGGGUUCACCCGGAUGUGAGCGAAACAAAAUUGAAGUGGGAAAGUGGAUCUUUUUAUUUUGCAAACUAUCUAAAACCGCCCCAUGAUUGGUACCGUUUCAUGAAUAAGACCAACGAGAGGGGCAGCAAUAAUUUUGCUUGUUCAUUCAUGGGUAAAGCCCUUCCAGAUAUUUCCAACGGUAUUGAUAAAAUGUUUGUAUAUUGCGAACAAUUGGAAAUGUCGGUUGUUGGCGAUACAUAUGCGCCUUUGUUAGCCAUUGUACCCUUAAAAGCUAGCGAUCGGGGUAGUGGUGCAUUGUGUGUAUAUACACCGCCGAGUACACGACGUAAAUUAAUUAAGAGUAAAAUUGAUCAAUUCAAAAUUACAAUCUACGAUACAACACAUACGCUAAUACCGUUCAGCAGCGGCACCGUGAAUAUCGAGUGUGUCGUGGAAUAA